AUGGCCUUGGUCUAUCGACCAAUGAUGCAAUUAAGUGGCAUACUGCUCUCUCUGUUGGGAUGGGUCCUGUCCUGUCUCACCACCUAUUUACCCCAGUGGAAAAAUCUUAACUUGGAACUGAACGAGCUGGAGAUCUGGACCAUGGGACUCUGGCAAGCUUGCGUUGUCCAGGAAGAAGGGGGGACGCAGUGCAAGGACUUCGAUUCUUUCCUAGCUUUGCCUCCAGAGCUCAGGAUUUCUAGGAUUUUGAUGUUUUUUUCCAAUGGAUCGGGGCUUUUAGGCCUCUUGUUCUCGGGCUUUGGGUUGGACUGUUUGAAAAUUGGUGAAAGACAACAGGAACAAAAGAAACGGCUGUUGCUGUUUGGAGGAAUGCUCUUCUGGAUAUCGGGGAUUACAGCUAUAGUCCCAGUCUCUUGGGUGGCCCAUUCCACAGUCCAGGAAUUCUGGGAUGAGAAUAUACCAGAGAUUGUUCCCAGGUGGGAUUUCGGGGAAGCAUUAUUUGUUGGCUGGUUUGCUGGAUUUUGCCUUAUAUUAGGAGGAUCCCUACUUAAUUGCACAAUCUGCUCAACUGAGAUCCAUCCAUCUUCGAUCCAUUACACAGUAGCAAAGCAGCAAGAUCAGUGUCAACGCUUGGAAACGGAACCUGGGCCUUAA